GCGAACAGAGCCGCAGGGCUCCCAGCCCCUGGAAGAGCCCGGCUGAGCCCUAUAAAGGGACCAGUCUCUGUCCAUCGCACACCUCACUCGUCCUCCUCCUUGGUGACAUCUCCUCUGAUCUGCUUAUUUGAAGCCAAGAUGAGUGGCUCUCAGCUUGAGCAGGCCAUUACAUCCUUGAUCAAGCUGUUUCACACGUACUCGGGAAGCAAUGACACCAUCAAGAAGGAGCCCCUGCUGCAGCUGCUGAAGGAGAAUUUCCCCAACUUCCUCAGUGCCUGUGAGAAAAGAGGCAGAGAUUACUUGUCCAAUAUCUUUGAUAAAAAAGAUAAGAAUAAGGACCAUCAGAUUGACUUUUCUGAGUUCCUGUCCUUGCUGGCGGACAUAGCCACCGACUACCACAACCACAGCCACGGAGAGGAGCUCUGCUCUGGGGGAAAUCAGUGAGCCCAGAGGUCUCCAGACAAACCUGAGAAACAAUAAAGUGUCUUUUCUCACCAGAAA